GGGGAGAGAAAAAGAUAUGUACCUUAGGGAAGAAGCUCAGAGAGAGGGAGGGAUAGAGAGGACGGGUAGGAGCGUGUGUGCGAGUGUGUGAGACAUUUACUCUUCUAACUACUGGGAGACAGACACACUUUCCUGUCCCGACUUAAAAAAGUAAAUAAACCAAGAAGAUUUUGCUUUACCUUAUUUUAUUUAAAAUUUUGAAUUUCUAACCAUCAAAGCCUUUCCUUAAGAUCUACUGGGACUUCAUUUUCUCCCCCUCUCUGGAAAUCCUAUGUACUGAUCAAUAGACCUUGCCAUCGACACAAGACAUACCUCAUGGAUUUGUACCUUGUUGGAUAUAUAAUGUGCAUGUGGUUGUCCAGCUCUCGGGUGCUUGGAGGCUAUCCCAUCUGGUGGUCCCUAGCUCUGGGGCAGCAGUACACAUCCCUGGGCUCCCAGCCCAUCCUGUGUGGCUCCAUCCCUGGUCUGGUGCCCAAGCAGCUGCGCUUCUGCCGCAACUACAUCGAGAUUAUGCCCAGCGUGGCCGAGGGCGUCAAACUGGGCAUCCAAGAGUGCCAGCAUCAGUUCCGUGGCCGUAGAUGGAACUGCACCACCAUAAAGGACAACCUGGCCAUCUUCGGUCCUGUUCUAGACAAAGCCACUAGAGAGUCUGCAUUUGUCCAUGCAAUUGCCUCAGCUGGGGUAGCAUUUGCAGUGACCCGCUCAUGCGCAGAGGGCACUUCCACCAUGUGUGGUUGUGAUUCACACCACAAAGGGCCACCAGGUGAAGGCUGGAAGUGGGGUGGCUGUAGUGAAGAUGCUGAGUUUGGGGUUUUGGUGUCUCGAGAGUUUGCUGACGCCAGAGAAAACCGACCAGAUGCACGUUCAGCCAUGAACCGGCACAAUAAUGAAGCUGGACGAAUGACCAUCUUGGAGAACAUGCACUUACGCUGCAAGUGCCACGGCUUGUCAGGCAGCUGUGAGGUGAAGACGUGCUGGUGGGCACAGCCUGACUUCCGGCUGCUGGGUGACUACCUGAAAGACAAGUACGACAGUGCUUCCGAAAUGGUGGUGGAGAAGCACCGGGAGUCACGUGGGUGGGUAGAGACACUGCGGGCGAAGUAUGCCUUCUUCAAGCAUCCAACCGAGCGGGACCUGGUGUAUUACGAGGGUUCACCCAACUUCUGUGAGCCCAACCCAGAGACUGGUUCCUUCGGUACGCGUGAUCGCGUCUGCAAUGUCUCUUCCCAUGGUAUUGAAGGAUGCGACCUGCUCUGCUGUGGCCGUGGACACAACACACGAACUGAGAAGCGCAAGGAGAAGUGCCACUGCAUCUUCCACUGGUGUUGCUAUGUCAGUUGCCAGGAGUGUGUAAGAGUCUACGAUGUACACACAUGCAAAUGAGGCUUGGAAAAGUGGUGGGGGGUGGUAGACUGCGGACAUGGAGAGAGUGAAAAAGGGAUGGUGAGACACAGGACCUGUGUAUGCAGGCACCCCCUGCACAUUGCACUCUCAUGCUCAUAAGUAUCACCAUGACAAACACAGCACACAAAAACAGUAGGUAGUGGCACUUUUGUACUGGAACUUUUUAACAUCCUUCAAUGACUGCCAACCCCUUUCUACUGGAGCAAAGGUCCAAGGAAGAAUCACAGAAUAAUCGUGUGAUGACCAUUAUCAUUCCACUUGCAUUCCUUUUUUUUUAAUUUAUUUCAGUUUGUAAGUCACACAGCUACAUUGUGUGAAAAAGCAUAAUGCAUUACCUAAACCCUCAGUGUCUUCUGGUAUCAUGUAAACUCUACCUGUCACACUUAGCUCUCUGAUCAUCUCUACAAAAGGCCCAGCGGCUGAAACUGAAUCUGCCCAACACACUCUCACACUAUACGCACACAUGAAAGAACUGAAGGGGGCUGGUGAGAGAAGGAGGGGUUGAGGGGGGCACUCCUACUUAACUACUGAACAUUCUGAGCCUGCAGUGUAACUGAAGGCUGGGUCUUUCUGCCCUGCUAGACUACUGAAACUGACGCAAUCCCCAUGAUUCCCCAUUUUCCCAAUCCCGUUGUGUUAGCCACAUUUUGCCUGCAAGCUACAGUAUGCCUGUUUUAUAGCCCUGCAUUUCUCAAAUCUGCUGCACAGUUCAAGCCUGAAGGCAUGCACAGAAAUAGCUGACAGCAGCCAACAUGCAUCAGCUGACCAGCCACUGAUCUCUUUCAAACAUACACCCCUACAGCUGCGUCCACCACAGCUAAUGUGUCCUUGGUUCAACAAGCAGAAGAAGUGUUAAGAGAGAAAAAAACAAAACAAAACAAAGCAUAUGACUUGCUUCUAGACAUUACCUACUGCAUCUGUGUCACUGAAGGGACAUGCAACAGAAAUGUUAUAUGCUAUAUGCUGUUAUAUCUUCCAAGAGAAAAGUGAAAAAUGGAACCUGAGGGCCACGUUUGGACAGCAGUCAGUAUUGCUGAAUUCUGAUUUGGUUCUUGUCUUUGAAUUUAUAUUUAGAUAAGCUAUCAGCAUGGAAUCACUCAGUGAAAUGACUGCAUCCGUAUGAAUACGGCUCUGAGCUCAACUUGAUCUUCCAUCAUGAUGAUGAUGAUGAUGAUCAAGGAACAGAUCAAAUGUGUAAAAAUGACUGGCUGUCUAAACAAAGCCAAUGUGUUUCCAGGUAUAAGCAAAACCAACAACAAAACCAAGCAUGGUAAACAAAACAGAAUCCCCCAUGAACCUCAGGUGGAUCCACUCAUACAGUAAUAUUUGCACUUACAGAAAUGAAUGACUAAUAACACUAAUGUUAGGAAUUAUAACCAUCUGAUCUUUCAAACAAACACUUUGGGGAAAAAAUCUGAUUUAAGCCUGAUCCGCAGAUGGCAUGGGUGCCCGUUUUUUCUUUUUUGUGUAUGUGUUUUAAAGCAAACACAGGAGAAGAGGCUAUAUAGAAAAAAGUUAAGGCUUUACAGAAAAGAUGCACAGAGUCAACAGCUCAUAUUCAGGAAGGUAUUUUAGAGAAGGAGAGCUGAUUUAGGAUCUGGGAUCUGUCAGUAAAAUCACUGUACAUAAGAGAGGAAUCUAGUCCUAGAUCAGCACUGUUACUCUGAGAAGCUUUGUGAAUAUCAGCCAGUGUGACUGAAUGGAGGAAUAUGAGAGUAAAGAGAAGGAGGUUGAGGAGAAGAUGAGUUUCUUAGCUGCUCUUUGGACUAAGGGGAAGAGGUUUGUGUGUCCUGACCCAACUGUGUGUGAUGGUAAACACUGAGGGUUAGAAAAGACGGGCUUCACAGUGGUGCAACAGACGAACAGAGUGCUCCAUACAUGUUCCAACAGUCCUACGCACAUCCCAUUAAUUAAGUUGAACUACAAAAGCAGAAGGUAGAUAUUAGCGCAGUCCCCUAUGUCUGAGUCCCAGCCUAGCAUCCACCCCAUUCUGCGAGAAGCCCACCAUCACUGGUCAUUUCUGCACUCCCUUUCUGUUUUCCCCCCGCUAUAUCCAAAGUUUUGUACAAAAAGUUUUAAAGUUAAUAAUUCCCUUUUUAUUUUAUCAUCUGAAAAUGUUAUGUUUUUAUAAAUAUUAUUUAUUAUACAAUGUAUAUAUCUGUAUGACUGAACUAAGAUUAUAUAUUUGAAGAACAAUUUACUGUCUCAUGCUUUUGCCUCUAAGAGUUUAUUCAUUAACAUUUUUAUAAUUUAUGGAUGUGUUUAUUAUACACUAUACUGAGUGUAAGUUGAAAUACUUUUCUUGCCUCCUAACCAAACCUUCAAAUACGCUGCAAAUAAUAACAUAGUUUAACUUAUUUCUCCUUUCUAGUUAAAAGAAUGGUGGUCCCAAUCUGUGUGAGUUUCCCACGCAGCUCUAAUAAAGGGUAAUGAUCCUUC